AUGUUUAAUAAUUCUUGUUACCUUUUGGUUAACUAUCCAAAAGUCACGUGGGAAACAGCUAAUCAAAUAUGUAAAGGAAUGAAAGGAGAAUUAGCGAGCAUACAUAAUGCGGAUGAAGAAAAUUUCAUUACCGGAAAUAUAAGGAAUUCAAUCGAAUAUACAACUUCCGCUCAUUAUUGGUUGGGUGGAUACGAAAAUUUAGAUUUGGACGAUUGGAAAUGGUCGGAUGGAGCACCCAUGUAUUACACAGCUUGGGCACCGACAGAAAACAACGAAAUCAUUCAAAAUGAUAAUGAUGAUGAUGAUGACGACGAAGGAGAGGGGGAGGAUGUAAAACGUUGUUUGUCGAUACGAUGGAUAUCGUUAAAAACAGAAUCGACUCAUUCUUCCAGCGGUUUGUACUGGACGCCGUAUAAUUGUAAACAAGUCGGUGGUUACGUUUGUAAGAAAAAAAAUCAAGUAUCUGGAGAAAUGCUCAAUCUUAAUAAAACCGUUAACGGUACCGAAGGACAAAUAAUGUCUCCAGGUUAUCCAAAUUCUUAUUAUAACAAUUUAGAUUAUUUUAUACGUAUCGUCGGACCCGUCUGGAGUCGAAUCGUUAUCGUUUUUACUAAAAUCGAUUUGGAAUAUCAAAUCGAAUGUCUUUACGAUUACAUAGAAAUCGUUUCGACGGGUGGUAAAAAAUCUUCCGUUCGAUGGUGCGGUAAUAAAACAUCAAAAACGAACAGAACGGUUUACGUAUCGAACAAUAACGAAGCAUUGAUAAAAUUUCAUUCGGAUUAUUCAAUUUCCGGUUCUGGAUUUUUUGCCACGUGGAAAGCGAUCGACAUAACCGGAUGUCCAACUCAAAAAUUAACAGCGAGAGAAGGAAUAAUAUCGAGUCCAAAUUAUGGAGAAUUUCUUCUUCCGGAAUUAGAUUGCACAAGCAUAAUAAUUGCACCACCUGGAAAAAGAAUUUGGUUGGAAUUUACGGAUGUCGACAUAAGAGAGGAAAUGAAAAAUAAAAAAAGCGCGACGCUGGAAAUAAAUUUAGGCGGUGACGUAAUACCAUUUAAAAUAUAUCAAAAUAAUAAUAAUUUUAACAAAGGAAAUUUUGUUUCCUUUGGCGAAAAAUUAAUUGUUAGAUUAAAGACUUUUUUCGAACCGGAAGGAAUUGGAUUUCGUGCCGUUUAUCGAACGAUCGGAGCUCUGGAAGAGGAAAAAGUUUUAAAUUUAACAUCUAAUUCCACGGGAAUGUUAUAUCAUUUAAAUUUUCCAGCGGAUCCUCCGUCGAACGUUAAUUUUUUACAACACGUCAUCGUUCCAGUCGGUUACGUCAUUAAUUUAGAUUUACAUCAAGUUUCUUUAUUGGAAACAAAUAAAUCAGAAUGUCCAGAGGAAAGAGGGGUCAUUGAAAUAACGGAUAAUUACGCAGACGAAAAUGGUAUUUGGUGGCAUUUAUGUGAUUUACAAACGGAUUAUUCUUUUGCCACUUCUUCACUGGCUAUAACAUCUUAUUUAAACACUCUGUACAUACGUCAGAAAAAUUUUAAACGUGGAACAAGACUAAACGCAACAGUCAGAGUAAAAAAAGAUUCUGAUUAUAAGAUGAAAUUAUUAAAAUCUUCUGGAAUCGUCGAAUCCUGCCGUCCGAAUCCAUGUUUAAACGGUGGAAAAUGCAUUAUAUCAGAUUCGAAAAAAAUGUGCCAAUGCGCUGGACACUACACUGGAAUGUUUUGCGCAUUGACACAAUGUGAACUAGAGCCUUGUUUGUUUGGAGAAUGUGAAUUGACAUUGAACGGUUACAAUUGUUUAUGUCAAACCGGUUACACGGGUUUAACUUGUGGUAAAAAACAAAGUCCGUGCGAAGACAAUCCGUGCGAGGGUAGAGGAGAAUGCGUAGAAAAAAGUGAUACCUUUCACUGUAGGUGUCACGCAUGGUGGGAAGGACCCAGAUGUGAAAAAAGAAUGAUGCACAUACCAUUUAAACCAUUAUCGGAAAGAAUGUUACAAGAACCGUUUUGGUUGGGUUUGAUAACCGUUUUCGUAGUUUUGGCUAUAAUCGGAUUGGUUUGGUGUGCUAAAAGACAUUUUCCGGAAAAGUUAGAAAAAUUAUUGGCGGAAGAAGCCGACAGAAAUAGUAAAUCGAAUGUUUCCGGUAUUAUCCGUCCACCGUCCGUACGAGAACCACAUUCGGGAACCGGAGCUGUACCCAUAACGACUCCAUCGGGAACGAGCAACAUUCCUCGCACAUUAUUUGGACGACUCGGUAUAAGAAAAUCCUCUCUGCUUAGCCUGACAAGUCCGCAACGUCCAGACAGGGCAACUUCCCGAACAUUUAGUCUCGACGAUUUAUUAAGACCACCACCCAGAAGGACUCCGUCACCGAGGAAAAAACCCAACGCAUCUCCUCAAUCGAAAAGAGAUUCGUCGGAGAAAAAGCAAAUCCUUCAGCAUCUCGUUUGUCCAUCUAUCGUACAAACAACAACCGAUGCGAAUAAUACGUUAAGUGAACCCAUCGUAUUGAAAAAUAUUAAAAGAAAAAGUUUACCAUCGGAAAAAACCGAGUGGGAAGAAACUAGUUUCAGUCAUGACGCUCCGGAAAAAUUAGAUAUUAAAACAAGCGAUUUUGGAAAACUGGAGAAAAAAGUUACGUUUGCUAGACUCCUAAAUAAAGUAUCAGCCGAAAUGAGUUCCAGUUCCGAACCGGAAAAUUCAAAAUCGGGUACGGCAAAAGCACUUUCUACUCCCGUAUCACCAGCUGUUGAUAGGAAAUCUGAUAUCGUUUGUAGUAAUCAGGAAAGCGAUUCUUUAUCGAGUUCCGAAAUAGCUAUAAGCGGAAGUGCUUUCAACAGUUUAUUAGACAUACCGGGAAAUGAAAGAAAAGUUAAAACGAUUAAAAAUUCAAGUGCGGAUUCGAUAUUGGAAAUGUUUAGAAGUUUCACAUCGACUUCCGUUAUGACAAAAGGUAAAAAACAGACUUCGUCUACGACUCCGACCAUGUCGAGUCCUCAAGAAGAAUUAAACAGCGAUGAAUCCGCAAUAGGUACACCCAUUUCUACAACUUCCGGACCAAUGGAUUCUCCAACGGAUCCCAAAGCGACACUAAUUGAGAUACCAGUUAUCGAUGCAUUAACAGCUCAAAAAUCAAAUAAUUUCCUUCAACCACCGUCUAUACUCCUCGAAAUACCAACAACAAACGGAAACAAUAAAUUUUUAUCACCGAUAAGAGAAAUGCCCACACCCAUACCGACUCCAUCGUUGACUCCGACAAUGCCUAGAAUAAACGUGAAACCUAAAAAAAUCCCUUUUUCUUCUUCGGAUAGUUCGGACAAUGAUAAUUACAUAAAGAAAGAAUCGGAAGUUAUUGUUCACGCUCAAGAAAAAAGCAACGAUGAAGAAUCGUUUUCUUCUACCACCGAAGACUACAUUUCGGAAAAUAUAACGCGGGCCAUUGAAAAAAAUUUGACAGAAAAUUUAUCGGAAACGCGACGACCAAAUGUUGUUAUACCAUUGUUAACCGUACAGGAACCAUCACCUCCUGGUUCGUUUCCGGGAUCUCCACCCCCUCAAAAAAAUACAGAUCCUUUUGUUUAUUCUCCAGUCGGUUCUCCUUCUAGACGAUUAAUCAAAGGACAAGAUAAACCAAAUUCAUUGGAUUUACCUUUUCCACCGCCUUUGAUAACAAUUACUUGUAACGUUUCCGAACCUGAAAGUGAUACCGAACCGACUUCUUCUCUUAAAAACAUGAAUAUGGGAACGCAUAACACGACAGUUAACAGCGUCGGAAUGAGUUAUUUGAGUCCUUUUUCGAUGUGUUCAAGAGCUGAUAGAACUGCUUCUGAAUCGAAUUUAAGUUCUAGCGGAUAUUCUUCGAUGGCGAGUCCGGGUCCAUCGAGAUGCGGUUCAAACAAUCCACUUUGCCUAUCCGAAGUCGAAGAUCAUCAUCAUCAACACGCUCAAAAUUCAUCAUCAACGUCCGAACGUCGUUCGGGUCAUUUAAGAACGCCUCCGAACGAAGAAUCUCAACAUAGAGGACGAUCCGAUUCGGAAACUUUAUCCGAUGAUCCACUUUUAGAAUCAAACGAUGAAGGAAUCGGAACGGAUCACAUUGACGAAAAACCGGAAGAAAAAGAAUUAAAAUGUGUCAAAGACGUUGAAGUUUUUUUUGGUGGUGAUGAUAAAAGUGGUGGUCAAACGAUUAUAGAUUUCGGUUCGCUUAUUGUUCCAAACAUUUCACCGAAAGGAACAAUAAAAAAAUGGGAAAACAUUGAAUGUUGCAGCCUUGGAUCAACACUUCCGAAGGCAUCCCUACAACUUCCGGCAAUCGUAGUUCAAGCUGAUUAUUGUGAUAAACUAUUAAGUCCAGUUAGCUCAAGAAGUGAAAGUCCAUUAAGUGACAAAGCCGUUAGCUUAGAUAGAUUUUCACCUUUUUUUUAUAGUAAAACAAAAUGUGAUAACCUCCCGUUCACGGAUUCUGACGGUUUGUACGAUUUUCCAAGUUCGGAUUGUCAUCCGUCGAACAAUAAAAGCGUACAGGCAGGUACGAAUUCUCAUAGGAAAAACACGGGUAGGAGGAGAGAAAGGCGUAACAGUCAUCGUAGUUUAAUAACCGGAAGUAAAAAUUCAUCUCCUACAAAGGGUAAAACAACCGGAAGUCUUUUGGAAGUGCCUCAUAAAGAAACUUCUUUUGGACAUCGAAUAAUUGCUCAGAGAAAACCCUCGCCCAAAAGAAGAAUAAGAACCCAGCAACAACAGCCUUUAAGUUCUUCCAGUUCGACUGAAAGUUUAACAAGUAGAAAAUCACUCGAACUUAAAAAAAUUAUUAACGAUGACAAUCAAAUAAAUAAAAAUGUUGUUGAUCCGCCAUUCCCCGGUUCGAAUGAAGCAUCCGCCGAAGAUACCACCGAGGAAACGAAUCAUCGAACGAUAAACGAUCCUCUUGAUUCCGAUCAUCCGCCACAAAGAAGAAUUUUAGGUUUUAGAACGAUCGGUCAUCAAAUCAGGUUUCUUCGUCGAAUAGAAUUGAGUUUAAGAAAAAAAGAAAAAUUAAAUAAAUUAAUACGAAGUGAAAAAGAUGACGUCGACGACGACGACGACGACGAUGACGACGAUGACCCUUCUCUUUGCCUUCUUCCUCAACAAGAUGUUAAAAAAACAACCGCGACCGCCAACGCCGUUAUUAUACCACAAUCGAACGUUAACAAACGUCGAGAAAGUAAAAAACGUGGCAGCAAUAACGUAUCCGCUACAUCGACUCGUUACACGUCAAAAUCGAAUAAUAACGUCGUCGUAUCGAUUAAUCGAAACGGCGAAACCAACUAA